CUGUAUAUUCCGACCAUACGAUCAUUAGUUAAAUACCUUUUCAGACGAUCUGCAUCCGCAUCGUAUAUAAGCGCUUCAUGCGCUCGUUCUACCUGCUCAAUCAGCAAACAGGCGAAGAAAAACAAUAAGCAAGUGGCUAUAAGAGAUUCACGUGAGCUUCAAGUGGUUGCGGCUGAAGAAGCUGAAGGGCAUUUUUUUGUUAUACUUGUCUUCUUUUCAAAAAUAUCGAAAACAUCAUUGUUUCAGGGAAGGAUGUUUAUGCAGGUAUCGUGUCCCAAUAACGAAGGUACGGCGUUGAUUGGAGAAAAGGACAUUAGAAGCGCGGCUUUUGAGGAACCAGAAAAUGGUCCUAGGGCAGGAACUUGUGGAGGCAUGAGGGUUUGCGCUUUCUGUUAUCUGCGCAACACUGCAAAUCAAGGAUGGUUCGUCCUGCGUCCUGCAGGAAAAACGAAGAAGCGAACAGCAUUCUUCGAGAGUCUUCUAGAUCCCAGUCAAUGCCCAGCUAACAUUGUAGAACGUAUGACUAGGACAUUCAGAGUGGAUAACAUGGUGUCUGGAUGGUGGAGAGUUGUGGCAUUAGCGAUGCUUGGCCUCCUUGGAUCAGCAACAGUAAUUUUGCAUUCACUAAUGGGCCGCAGAAGAAGACGACAGGGUGCUUUGAUUGAUUCUCCUUCUAGUUCCAAUGCAUCCGUUUCAAAUGCUACG